GCACCUGCAAAACCCCUACCAUCAGGGAUACCCGCCCCAUAUGCCUCCCCAUCAUCAAUAUGGUCCUCCUCCAGGAACCGUAAUGCAUUCCCCGUACGGAGCUUAUCCGCAUCAACUUCAUUCAAUGCAAGGUCCUCCCCAUCCAGGCAUGCCUCAUCAUAUGCAGCCUCACCCUCAGCUUCACCCGGGAAACAUGCCGCAGAUGUCGCCUCAGGGAGUACCGACCCAACAGCAACAACAACAGCAUCAGCAGCUGCAGCAACAGCAGCAGCAGCAACAACAGCAGCAUCAACAACAGCAGCAGCAGCAGCAGCAACAACAGCAACAUGCACAACAACAGCAGCAGCAGCAGCCGGGUCCUCAAGCGGCACCUGCGACCACGGAGAGCCUAGCCCUCCCUCCUUCCGGUCAAGCCGAUCCAUAGAUCAUGAGAUCGAUUGUAUAACAGGACGUGAAAUUUACGGAGAGUUGCAUCCUUAUCGUUUUAAAUUAUUCAGCGGCCCUCUCGGGGUGUAAGAUGACCCUCAUGUCGGCGAACCUUCCUGUAAAAAAAAAGACAUCGAUUUCUCGAGACCACGAAAUAUAGAAGAUACUUCCU